AUGUUAAUAACCUUCUUUUUCGAUUUGUUUUUAAUACAAAUCACUUUUACAACUAUUGAAAGUAUCACAUAUUCAUGUUGGACAAAUUCAACAUGUGGUUGUUCAUUAAAUGCACCUAUUUUAACGAAAAUUAUUGGUGGUGAAGAAGCUACAAUGAAUAGUUGGGGUUGGGCUGUAUCUAUACGUUUUCGAAAUAAUCAUAUAUGUGGUGGAUCAUUAAUAUCAUCAGAAUUAGUUUUAACUGCUGCACAUUGUCUUGUUUCAAAAAAGACAUUAUCAAGUCUUAGUGUUACAGCUGGUUCACAUUAUUUAUCUAUUAUUAAUCAACAACGAUCUAUAUCAGAAAUUUCUAUUCAUCAAAAUUUUAAUACAAUAACAUAUAUUAAUGAUAUAGCUAUAAUACGUUUAUCAUCACCGUUUGAUAUGAAUGAUCGUUCAUUAGCUGUAAUUUGUUUACCACCACCAAUACUUGAAUAUCCACCAAAUGAUACUAUAGUUAUUGCUAUUGGUUGGGGUGUGUUGUCAAUGGUAGAAAAAAUUUCAUCAGAUACAUUACAACAAGUGACAUUGAAAACUGUUCCUAAUACGAUUUCGACAUGUUUAGUAUUAAUUCAUAAUGAAAAUGGUCAGUUUUGUGCUGGUGUUCAAGGUGGUGGAAAAGAUACAUGUCAAGGUGAUAGUGGUGGUCCAUUAAUGAUGUAUUCUAAUCAACAAUGGUAUAUAGUUGGUAUUACAAGUUAUGGAAAUGGAUGUGGUUUACCUUUUUCUCCUGGUGUUUAUACACGAGUAUCAAUUGAUAAUUCACUUUUUGUUUUGAUAUGUUAA